AGGGUUCAUUGAGCUUAUAAUGGGUGCAUAGGCGGCUGCUGACAGUUUUCGUCCGGUGCUUGCGCCAGGGUAAAGGGGGUCUCGGCAUUCUGUUGCUCCCCUUUCUAUUGAAUUGUAUAAGGCUAUAGCUUUCCAACUUCAGCUACAGUGCUAGCUAAGUUUGGAAAGAAAAACAGACAGGAUUCGAUUUGUUUUCUUUUUUUUUAUCUGUAAAUUGGAUUCUAUAUAAAAUUAUAUAGGACUAAAAUUCUUAGUAAUAAUAAUAUUAAGGCUUCAGGAAUCAUCAUGGCAAAAUCCGAAGAACAAAAAAGUAAAGGAUGUUGUGGAUCCUUUGUAAACUACUUUACAUCUGCUAAGUUUCUCAUGUACCUUGGACAUUCUCUCUCAACCUGGGGUGAUCGUAUGUGGCAUUUUGCAGUAUCUCUAUUUCUGGUUGAAUUGUAUGGGAACAGCUUACUGCUGACUGCGGUCUAUGGGCUAGUAGUGGCCGGCUCUGUCCUUCUUCUGGGAGCAAUUAUUGGAGACUGGGUGGACAAGAACCCAAGGUUGAGAGUGGCACAGACUUCACUGAUCGUACAGAAUGCCUCAGUCAUCGUCUGUGGUAUCCUCUUGAUGUUGGUUUUUCUGUUUAAGACACAACUUUUGAGCAUGUACCAAGGAUGGCUGCUGACUACUUGCUACAUUUUUGUCAUCACGAUAGCAAACAUUGCUAAUCUGGCCAGCACAGCUACUGCCAUUACCAUCCAGAGGGAUUGGAUUGUUGUGGUGGCGGGGGAAGACCGGAGCAAACUAGCAGACAUGAAUGCCACAGUAAGAAGAAUUGAUCAGUUGACCAAUAUUCUGGCACCAAUGGCUGUUGGGCAGAUAAUGACCUUUGGCUCGCCUGUCAUUGGCUGUGGAUUUAUUGCUGGUUGGAAUCUAGUGUCAAUGGGUGUAGAAUACUUGCUGUUGUGGAAAGUAUACCAGAAAACACCAGCACUGGCUAUGAAAUAUAUUAAGAAAGAUGAUGACCAAGAACUGAAGCAGUUGAACAUCCAAGUUAUUGACACCUCCUCAAAUAACAAUGAGAAGCCACCAGAAGAUGCUUUUCUUAUGGGAAAUAAGGCUAUUGCUGUCAUAGAACCGCCUAAGGAGUCUAGCUGUGGAGAGAAGAUUUCAGAGCCAUUUCGCACUUUCAGGGAUGGAUGGGUUGCAUAUUACAACCAAUCUAUAUUUUGGGCCGGGAUGGGUCUUGCUUUUCUCUACAUGACCGUCCUUGGCUUUGAUUGUAUCACAACUGGAUAUGCCUACACCCAGGGCCUUAGUGGUUCAGUUCUCAGUAUUCUGAUGGGAGCUUCUGCUAUUUCUGGUAUUAUGGGAACCGUGGCCUUCACCUGGCUAAGAAAGAAAUGUGGCUUGAUUCGUACAGGAUUCAUCUCAGGAAUAGCUCAACUGAGCAGCCUUAUUUUCUGCGUAGUCUCAGUCUUCAUGCCUGGAAGUCCAUUGGAUCUGACAGUUUCCCCAUUUGAUGAUAUUGGCACACGUUUCCUGGAAGGAGAACCUUUACCCACCAUGUCUCCUGAAGUGUACUUGACCACCAACAUGCAAAAUUUGACAGUUAACUCCACCUCACUAUUAAAUGAUUCUGAUGUUUCCACUUCUGUUCCUUUGAUUUCUGUCAGUUUUUUAUUUGCUGGGGUCAUCGCAGCCAGGGUUGGUCUUUGGUCGUUUGAUCUGACAGUUACGCAGCUCAUCCAAGAAAAUGUGAUUGAAUCGGAGAGAGGCAUUAUAAAUGGCGUUCAGAACUCUAUGAACUAUCUACUUGAUCUCCUGCAUUUUAUUAUGGUUAUCUUAGGUCCUAACCCAGAGGCCUUUGGUUUGCUUGUGAUUAUUUCUGUUUCCUUUGUUGCCAUUGGUCAUAUCAUGUAUUUUCGAUAUGCUUACACUCAUCUCGGAAAAAAACUCUUUGCUUGUUGUUCUCCUGAACACAAAACGGUGCCCACUGAGCCCCCACAAGGAGACUCCUCUGUUGUUUAAUUGAGUCUUACUUUUAGUUAUCAUUUAAUACUUUUAUGUUUUGCAAAAGUGUUUUGCUAGAGUUGUUACAAUGUACAAGAGUAAAACAAAAAUAGAGACCUUGGAAAAAUUGGCAAUUCAUAGAAUAGAUCAUCUGCAACCAUAAAAGCCACAGUUCUUGCGAGAUCAUUGUUGCCCAUUUUAUGGAACAAUAGUUAUUCUAAUUAGAUUUUUUUUCAUUAUAUUGUUAAUCAAGUAAUGGAAAAUCAUGCUGCAUAGUCUUAAUUAUGGGUAUAUGAUCAAGGCUUGCAGAGUUCAAUUUAUUCGCAUAUAAAACAAAAAUUCUUGAACAUUGAAAAAAAGAGGGAUAUUGUUUGAUAACUAAUGUAACGGACACUAUUCUUUUCUGGAAAAAUAACAUGGGUUUAAAGCGUUCGACUGGAUCUAGACGUAGUCUUGAAGGUCAUAUGAUGCCAUUUGUUUUAAGUAGCAAUAGAUUCUGUGAUCAAGACUUGAUAAACAUUCAGAUAUUGAUAUUCAGAUACCAAUUAGUGAUCCUAAAUAGUUUUAUUUAAAACAACAAACAAUUAGUAAUUGAGUAAGCCCAUAUAAUAAGGUUUCACAUAAAUGUAAUUCCAGUUUGUUUUGUGGUUAGUUCUCUAAGUAAGAUAAUUUUUUGUAUUAUUAAAAUAUUCAAAGCCUUAUCUAUUGUAGUGCUAAGUAUUAUGAUAGUUUCAAGUAGAAAAAAACUGUAUAAUGCAUGUACCAUGUAGAAGUGAAUGUAUUAAGCUAUAAUCAUGGCACAAAGACUGGUAAUCAUUUACCUUUAGCGCAAUGAGACAUAUUUUUCAUUUCAUCGCCAAGACACAUGUUCAAAGCUGCUUGCUACAAUUUGGGACUUUAUUCCAGAUACUUGUGUUUGUGAAUUGUGCAUCAUGCACUGUAUUUCGAUUCAUUAAUAUAAAGCCAGAUAAAAUAAAGUAUUUUAACAGGAAAAGCAAUAUAUGAUUAAUAGAUUUAAAAUAAAGCUUAAGAAAUAAACUGAAAACAAUUUAAACCUACACAUAUGAUCUAAUAAAAAUAUAUGCCAUAUAUAUAAAUAUAUUGUUACAUCAAUUGCGAGGUGCUAGCACUUUUAUAAAGUAACGUUUAUGACAAGCACCUGUACGUGCAGCCUCCUGGGUGAGUGAAUACACGGUGCUCACUUAUAAGCUCAGUUAUAGACAGAGGUAACAGCUAUGUACACACUGUUAAUCAGCUUUAUUUAUCUGGACUAUUUCAAAGAUUCUAGUCAUAUCUACCUGGUAAUGCUUUACAAAUUUCUGUAGAUUUCAAACACGACAACAUAUUUAAAAAAAGCUAAGGUCUAUUUUAUCUUGAACUGUUUGGACAGUGUUGUAUGUCAGUGAUUAAAUUUGUCAUGGCUUUGAAAAACUGCUUCUUGGAACUUCAAAACGAUUCUAAUUGUUGAGCAUAAAAUGAAGGUGGGGUAUUUUAAAUAGCAGCAUAUAUCUGAUAAAUAGUGUGAAGUUAUUGUUUGCUAAGCAUUAUAAUGGCAAUUACAAACUCAUUGCAUGCAAUUAACUACCAGCUCAAUAAUAAAUUGUAAUAUAAUUGUUUGCUUUGGUAGUUGAAAGUGAUUUCAUGCAGUAUGACUAUCUUUAUUAGUAUUUUAUCUUAUGACUGCUUUGAACCUUGUAUUGAGGAGAGUUUGGUAACCUAUCCCACCUUAGUAACGUUAUUGAGGGGUUCACAAGAUUAGUAGCAGAGCUUCAUCAGCAUUAUCUGCCAUUGGUGGCAGUUCAUUUAGAGCUGCAACAAGCUUUAUUGACAACUUUGAAUUCCCCAUAUUACAAUAUGCUAUAUAUAUAUAUACAUAAUGUGUAAUAACUACAUAGCUGGUCUUUACCAGGAAAAACUUCAGGUAAGCUAUAUUUACUUGCAUUUUGCAAAUAUUUUGUAAAGUGCACUUUUUUAUAUUACAGAAUGUUUAAUUUUACUUAAUGUCAGAAUAUACCCAGGACUUUACAGGGGUGAAAAAGUCCAAUGCACAUGGAAAUAUCAGGACUCCACACAAUUCUUUGAAAAUAAAAUUCUAUGCACUUUCUCUGGGUUAACUGCAGUAAUGAUUGUACAAGCACUUUUUUACUGGUAUACUUUCUAUAUAUUUGUAUGUUUUCUAUCCUGUGUGUUAUAAUACCAAAUAUUCUCAUCCUUUCUCUGUUUACAAUGUUUAAUAAAAAUCACAUGCCGUCA